AGUCUCUUUUGCGCUUUCCGUCGAUACGUUGUGCCUUUAAAGUGGAAAUUUUUAUUAUCCAUUAAGGAUUUAUUUUUCGUUGUUGUGCGUAGAUCGUGUAUGUGGAUUAUAAGAGGGCACUCAGUGCUAUAGUGAUGCAUUAGUGUGAAAAGAAAUUUUAUUAAUAAAUUAAAUAGUGCAGCUUCCGUCCAAUAAAAAACUGUACUUGAUGAUGUCAUUCACAAAAAUCUCUUUCUGAGCUGAAUUUCUCGGCAAUAUCAUUGAUUCAAUUAAAAUUAAUUAAAUUAGAUAGGAACAUAGGCUUGAUAAUCGUCUAUUAAGACCCAUACAUGCUGAUUAAAUUACUCAAGAUUGUGUAAAUUAAAGAAUUAUUUGACAACGAAACCGAUCGUCGCUGUUUUUUUAUUUAUUGUGCUAAAAGCAGUCUUUUAUGACUUCUUAGUGUUCUUAAAACUAAUAAAAAAAUAUUUUCCAUAUACGACCUUGGUUCUGUGUCUCUUGAAGCUUCUUCUUUGGAACGGAAGAAGUUUAGAGAAAAUUAUAAAAAAUAGUCAAGUGAAAUCAACGGAACAGUAAGCACAUACACGUACAUAAGAUGCCUGAUCCUCAAAAACUGCUAUCGAAUGCCUUUCGUGACCGAAAUCAAUCAGAUUUUAUGUACACGCUGGAAUUUCUAAAUGCUAACCCAAAUCAUGAAUCGGACAUCGCGGGACGUACUUUGUUUCAGAAGAUUUUAACAACGCCAAACUCUGCUGAAUAUAUUCGAUUAUGUAUAGAGAAUGGAGCUGAAUGCUAUGCGAAAGCAGCUGACGAUCGCUAUCCACUCCAUUUACUUCUAGAAUCUCAGUGUCCACAGAAUCUACAGCAAUUCCUGAAAUACCAUGAUUCAUCAAAAGUAAAUGUAAAGUUUAAUGAUAAAAAUGCCCUCCACAUGCUAAUCGAAAAGUUAAAUACUGAAAAUUACGACAAAAUUAUUGAGUGCCUGAAAAUUCUAUUGAAUCAUGGAUGCAACCCAAACUAUCCAAAUGACAGCGAUGAGACUCCAUUUCAUCAGCUCAUGAACAAAAAUGCAACUUUAAAUGUAGAAGAGCUGCUCCGAUAUUUCGUAAAUAAUUCAGAAAUUGACAUUUACACCUACAGACAAGAUGAAAUGGUCAGCAAGUAUAAGCGACUUAGAUUGCCAGAUUUAUCACAGCAAGUGCAGAACAUUGAUCCAAAAUUUAUGAUGAAAUUGGCAAUAAACUCAAAGGAAACAGAAUUUGAAGGAUAUUUUAAGGCAUUUAAGGAAUCAUGUUACAAUAAUCAACAAAACUUUCAGGAUGAAUGUGCAGACCUGCUUGAGAUGGCAACAAUUAAAGGAGGUACAAAUAUUGUUGAUAUUAUCCUUCAGAAUAUCCCAGUAGACAUAAAUGUAAGAUCUAAGCAUGCAACUUGGCUGUUUCCACCAUCGUUCAUUGCCUGCAUGAAAGGACACUAUAAGAUCCUCGAAUUAUUCCUCAAACAGUCUAAUGUCAUUUUCUGUUAUGAAAAGCCAAAAGAUCCAUUCUUUGUAUUGGAAAAAAAUACAUCAACAACUAUGCUGCAUGAAGUUUGCCUCAGAUUUGGUGCUGACAAGAGUAACGACGACGAUGUUGACUUCCAAAAAUGCUUUGAAUUACUUAUUAAUGAUCCACGAUGUGACCGAGAUACAGUCAUAAACGCAAAGGAUCCAUAUGGCUGCACACCUCUUCAUUAUUCAACAAGAUACAAGAAUGAAGCAGCUACAAUGGCUUUGUUGAAGAAGUCAGCAUACAUCUGUACACCUAAUAAUCUAGGCAAGACAGCACUUGAUGACAUGAACAAGGAAACAUUUGAGAAUUUCUUGGAUGAAUGCUUAGUUCCCUUAACUCGACGUGUUCAGCAAACUCACAUGUAUGUUUAUGGAUAUGACAAGCAGGAACUACAUAUUGAUUAUUCAUUCUUGAUGCCACCAAAGAAUUCAAGCCACAGUGAAAUCACGCCGCUGAGAAGAAUCACGAAAAAUACGGAAUUAAGGAAGUUGAUUAAACAUCCAGUGCUAUUUAGUUUUCUGUACAUCAAAUGGUCUAAACUUAGUCUUUUGUUCAUGAUCAACUUUAUUAUGUUCUCUCUGUUCUUGCUAAGCUUCAUAUUCUAUAUCGUGUUAUGCCAGUCAAUUACAGUUGAGGACCGUCGCUCAAAUCCUUACUACAUGUUCUUUUACGGUAUAUCCAUUGCCUUUGUCAUUAUGCUGACUUUCAGGGAAGUAAUGCAGUGUCUGUUCUCGAUGAGAUAUUACUUUAAAAGCAAGAUGAACUGGUUUGAGAUUAUGUUGAUUAUCUUGUCAUUCUUGGUGCUUUUUGGAAGCUUUGAAGAGAAUUUCCAGCGAAUCUUAAGAGGCAUAACAAUCCUAUUUGCAGCAACGGAGUUCUUGACACUCGCAGGUGCACUUCCAAACCUUUCAAUAUCCACGCACAUGGUCAUUUUGAGGACAGUCAUCCUUACUUUCUUGAAGUCGAUUGCUUUAUACUCAAUUCUACUUUUUGGAUUCGCUUUGUGUUUCUUUACAUUAUUUGGAUAUGAUCCGUCACAAAAAGCAAGUGGAAACUCUACGACGGUGUCUGAUGAACAAGGUGCUGCAAAUGAUGGACAAAAUAAUGCAAAUCCUUCAUUUUAUCAUCCAGGAAUUGCUAUUAUUAAGACAUUUGUCAUGCUUACUGGCGAAUUAGAGUUUAGCAAUUUGGAGCUACAUGACUACACAAAUUACAUCAUUUUCGUCUUAUUCGUCUUCCUAAUCACAAUUGUGUUAUUCAAUCUGUUAAAUGCUCUUGCUGUUUCAGACACACAACAAAUUAAAUCUGAAGGACAGUUGAUUGAUUUAAUCCAGCGCAUAUCCGUCCUCAAUAAAUACGAAAAAGUUAUAACAACUGGAAAUUCUCCACUUUAUGCCUGCUGUGGAUGGCUGACAAGAAUGCUAGAAGGAACAACAAAUGUCUUUCAAAAGUGGAUUCCAACAGGACGUGUAGCCGUUUUCACAAGUGAAGGCAAUGAGAUCCGAACUGUCAAGAAUCCACAAAAUGCACCACGAGAUAUUGGAGAAGAAGAGAUGCAGACAUUAAAUAAUAAUAAUCCUGGAAGUACUAAAGCAUUAAAGUAUGAGAGUAUAAUUGUCAAUGACUGGCUGCCUGUAAAGUUCCAAAAACCAGCAAUUAUGGACCCAAAAAUCAUGAAAUCAAUUAAGCAUGUCCUGGGAGAGAAAAAGAUGCGCAGUAAGGAAGAAGAACAUGAAGCAUAUCGAAGGAAGAUGGACGAGAAGAUACUAAGGGACAUGAUCAGCAUUAAAAUGCAGAAUAACGACAACAGUGAUGUCUAUAGAAAUGCAUUAAAGGACAUUAAGAAGAUGAACUCAAAGCAAUGAGAUUUUUGACUUCCUGCUUAAUUUAUAUAACUUUUUGUAAUGUUAAGUGUCAUGGCUUCAUGUCUAAUUCUAUGUAUUACCAAUAAAAUGAAUACUCAGCACUUAUGCUAAUAAUUUAUAAAACAUAAUAAACAGCACAAACAUAC